AUGGCUGGAUCCGACAUUUGCGCCAAGGAUACAUUUGUAAACUGAGGAUUUUGACUGAGUAACUUUUACUUUAUACGUCGUCACAGUGAUAUGUAUACGGGAGAGAGAACUAUAUGUAAUUGCAUCAUGAUAUACGAACAAAAAUACAAGUGAUAAGAUACUAUUGGUGGAGUGGUAAGAGAGAAACCAGGAGAUAAAUGAGCGACUCUGACUGGUCUUUGAGCUGAACGUUGAAGUACAAGGAGGAAAGACAUAAUACAUUAUUGCCAUGCAUUAAUUCCCUGUCCGACCAUUAGUGACGUUGAGAAGGCAAGACCAUGACUUCCUUGGAAUACGACGUAGAUUCCAUGGGUGGCCUUAUGCCGCAAAUCCUAGCCCUGACAGCACCACCUGGAAGUCGUGAUCCAAACAGACAGCAGAAUAGUGGCUCUGCAGGUCCAGGCAGAGAAGGCCUUGCAGCACACCCAUACUUCCGACGGCCAGGUCGUGGUCAUAACCACGAUUCCUGUGAUGCUUGUGGUGAAGGUGGAGAUUUGAUUUGUUGUGAUGUGUGUCCAGCAUCUUUUCAUCUUACCUGCCAUGAUCCCCCCUUAGAAGAGGAGGAAAUCCCAAUAGGACAGUGGGCGUGUCAUCAGUGUAGAGUGUCUGGGCCGGAUGAUGACAGAACAUCAGUGUCAAGUGGCAAGUCAAACAAAAGCUCCAAAGGUGUCAAAAGGAAAGACAAGGAAGAUGAUAAGCCAUCUUCAUCCACUUCAGCCUCAGGGAAGUCAGAGGCAAGCGAGAAGAAUGAGAAGAGGGUGUGCGCAGGAGGAAGGGAGUUUGAGAUUUCUGACUCCCCCCUGUUUACGCUUAUCAAAGCUGCGGCUACUGUGAACCCCAAACAGUUCACCUUGCCCUAUGAGAUGACUUUACCUGUGUGCUUCCCAGGUGAACCUAAAAAUUCAGGAAAGAAUAAUGGAAACCGAAGAGGAGCACAGAAAAAAAAGUCUCAUGAGCUUGACAAUGGCCUUGUCCCUUUGCCUGCUAAGCUCUGUUUUCAGUGCAACAAGAGCUGUCGAAUAGGUCCACUAGUUCCAUGUGACUAUUGUCCACUCUUCUUCCAUCUGGACUGUGUAGACCCUCCACUCACAACCCCACCCACAGGAAAAUGGAUGUGUCCAAAUCACCCAGAGCAUUUCAUGGACUCAAUACUUUUGACAUCUCAUAGUCUGAGUGAAAGAGUAAAACUCUGGGAUAAGUUUAGUGCCCCGCUUGACCAAGACACUGUUCGACUGGGCUUCCUGCAACGUUGUCACAGACAGAACCCUCCCUUCCGGUACAAAGUAAAACGUGCCCUCAGGUCUAGAAUACGAGUCCCACAAGCAGUGAGAGACCAGUAUAGGGAACCCCCCGAUCUCCUUCCUCACUAUGGUCCUCCACAACACCUCUUUCCUCCUCUUGUUGACCAUGAUCUAGGCUCUUCCACUACUGCUAUGCCAUCCCUAACCACCACUACAGCUACAUCCACUACCUCUGCCUCCACACUGGCCAUGGAGACCUGGCGGGAUGUAGAGAUAAAAGAAGAGCCUGUAGAAGGCUCUGAUAUUAGCCAAGAAUCAAAGGAGGCUAUAGAAACUGAAAUCAAAGAAGAUAAACAAAAUGGGGAAGAUGAGAGAAAAAGACCCACAAAAGAAGAGAUGGAUGAGUGGUUGGCAGGAUUAUUAUGUUUACAAGCCAGUAUUGUUAAGCAUAUGGCCAAUAAUUCCACGUGUUCAAAUUCUCCAAACAAAACGCCUGAAAAACAAAGAGAACUUAAUGGACCUCCCAGUAUAGGAAAUAGUAUGGACAAUUCCCCUCCAUUAGAGAGGCCAGGUUGUAUGAAUGGGGACCUAACCUCUCAUGAGUUAAGCAGCAAGCACAGCAAGUUUACUGAUAACAGAAGAAAGCAGCAAGCUGUUAUAAACAGUAGUUUCCAACCUCCCCCAACUUACUUGCCAGCUAAGAAAGGGAUAUUAAAAAAUCAAAAAGGAAAAACUGUCACUAGUGCAGGUGUAAAAACUCCAAGACAGAGAAAGCAGACUGCAUCUGAAAUUUUAUCAGAAACUUUAACAAACUUGGCAUCAUCUCUACAAAACUCAAUCACCAAUAAGCAAGGUGAGGUAACCUUAAGUCAACUAGAACGUUCAGUAGUGGAAGUUUUGGCAUGGCAGCACUCUGACGCGAUGUGACUGCAAGUUGGGGAAAGCAAAAACAGGCACAAGAGGAAUUCCCUCCCCAAGCAGUGUUGGGUGGGAAGGUGGAGCUGUUUUGCAUCAUGGUUCACACCUCAGAUUUGGAUGCCUCCAGUUUGUGUUCAGUAUUGUUGAAGAGGCGAGUAAAGCUGACUGGGUUGAAACUACACUUAGUAUAUAUGAUAAGUUUUUUAAACAAGAAGAGGAGAAAGAAGAAGAAGAAGUUAAAGAAGAGGAAGAAGAAGAAGGAGAUGAGGAAAAAAAAAACAAGAAGGAGGAAAAGAACUCAAAAUCGUGAGAUUUUAAGGAAUUGUAUAAUAGGACUGUUAAUUAUGUUUCUUGAAUUUAUAGUUACAGUCUUUUGUUUGUCACCUGGAAUGUUUAUGAAGUAAGUGUGAUGAAUAUACAAUACUAGAAAUAUAAUUUUAUCUAGGAGUAUUUACAAGAAUAGAGGUGAAAUAUUUAUUAGAAAAUUUAAUUCUCUACAAAGUCCUCUGUGGGCUUCUUAGUGGCCUGAUGUAGAACAUCUUUAAGGUGAUGGUAAGUGAUCUUUCACCAAAGCACAUGUAUUACAGAAGAAUGUAAUAUGUGGGAAAUACACUGAAAUCUGUUCUUGACUGUGUAAAGAAGUCGUAAAACAAGUGGCAUUAACAAGAUUUUGAAGCAGAAUCUCCUACUCAUUUGUGUUCAUGAAGGUAAAGAUUGGUUGAAGAAGAUUGUUUCUCUAUUACUUAAAGCUUAGUAUUAACUCACAUCCUCCCAAAUGGAACCCAACAAUGAGUGGCAGCUAUUUUGUGGCAUGGUCAGUACUGUAGGGUUUUGCCACAUUAUCCAGAUUAUUGUGAUCUGAUUGUGUGUGGGAGGUCUAUGCACAAUUACUGAUUAGUAAUAUAGAUGCAAUGUGUCAUUUUCAACUUGUGACUUUUUUGAUUAAGCUAGAGUUGGUAUUAUGGAGGUAUAAUGCAGGUUCUUACUGAUCAUCGUGGGACUUUUUUUAAUCUGAUGGUUAGUUUAUUGGGAUUUUGCAAAAACCAUCUUUGUAAUUUUACCCAUGUUCUUAUAAUAUUAUGUUGGUACAUGGUUGUAGCUUAUCUUUUGUGUACCAAAAAAGCCACAGUCUUGUUAUCUAAAGCUCUCAACACUGAACAAUCUAUAUGUAUUUUUAGUGCUUAAUAUAUUAUGUAACUGGUAAUGUAUAUAUUAAUGAAACUUUACUUCAUGUCCUAAUACAUUUACAAGGAUUGUACAUACUGUACAAAUUUAAUGAUGUUAUUUUAUACUCCUACAAUACACGUUAUGUCAGUGUCCCACCUCCUUCCCAAGACUGAAGUGUUGCCAGAUCAUCCCCUACAUACCUUGACUUUAACUGUUUAUCAAUUACUGUAAGAAAAUUUAUAUAUAUAUUUUUUUUACAGUUUUCUUUAGCUUCAGUGACAUAUAUUUGUCUUUUGGGGAAACCAGAAUAAUUUUUAAAAAUUAUAUUGAUUAUUGGAAUUUGACAUUUAUGGAAGAUGUGGAAUUAUUUUGCACAUUAUUUAUUAGCAUAUUACGAACAUUAUUCCACUUCCGUUGUGUGGUUACAUGGUAUGUUGGUGAAGGUCUUGGUACAGUGUACCUGAUAUUUGCAUGUCAUGGUCUUUAAUAAGAUGAAAACUUCAUAUAGUCUAACAUUUGUUUCAUUUUCAAAAAUGGAAAUUAUACUAACAUUGUGUCAUUCACUGCAUGCAUGAAGAUACAGCCUCUGAAAACAGUGGUUACCAGGGGAUGGUUCAGUGUAGCUUAUGGAACACCAGUUGCCAUGUUGAAACUGCCAAGUUAGACUACCUAAAAUAACUAUGCAUUUAUCUCAAGUUCUGAAUGGAUCUGGUAAAAAAAAAAUCCCAUUUGAUACAUGGUAAAUAUACUAAAAGUUUUGUUUCUUUUCUUUAUUCUAUGCAGUAUAUUUUUAUUCUGUACAAAGAGCUUCCUUGGCUUCCUCUUUCCAUAGAACAGUUAUCAUGUACAUAAGUGUUCCUAAAUAUAGGAACUUACAAAAAAUUAUUGAACAUCCAUUUAGUAAACUCUUAAGUUAACAGCACAUUUAUUUGAAUUAGAGUAAAAACUCUAAGUGUCGAGUAUCUAAAUUUUUAAACAUGCAAUUGUUUACUUUUCACACUUUUAAAUCACUAUUUCUUUGUGAGAACAAGAGACAGAGAAACACUAAGACUACUUUUUCAUUUCAUCUCAGCCAGUGCAUCAAUAUAUUGUUUUAUCAAACCUUUUCCACAAUUACACAUACCAAACCUGCACCACAUUGGACUGUUUCUUAUGCAUUUUGAUUUUGUUGUGAAUUGUAUAUUAAUUAGAUAUUUGUACCAAUUCUUUGGAUGAAUUUAUAGGCAAACUUUUUUCUUUUUUUUUCCUGGAUGUUACUGUAACUUUUUUUUUACUGUAUUCUCUAUAGCUUUUGUAUAUUUUUGUCUUCUGUGACUAUAUUCUAUCUACUUCAAAGACCACAUAUAUAUUUGUAAAGAAUUUGUUUAGAUUUUGUUUUUAUGUAUGGUUAUAAUACAUAGUCUUGUGCAACAUCACUAAGUGAAAAUUUCAUGUCAUGCAUUGUAAAGUUGACAGAAAUUGAAAGUUCAUAGUUAAACAAAUUUAAAGUGUAAUUUAUAGCUGAAAGAAUAUUUAUUUUAGCUUAAUUUUUUACUUAACAGUAUGUAUAUCAUGUCAAAUAUUGAGCAUUAUUUGUAAAUCUUACGGGAAGGAUUGGUGUCCACAUUAAAUUUAACUACAAAAUAAGAACUUCAGAAAAGGUUCAUAUAAAUGUCCAGUAUAGAAAACUUUAGUUGGUGAUUGCUUGAUGUACAUAAGAGUUAUAAUGAAGUAUUCAUCAGCUAAAUGUUAUCACUUUAGCAUUAAUUGUUGCCAAGAUUAUUUUUGUGGCUCACUUGUUACAUUGAAUGUGUAAACCCAUGACAUCUUGCAAGUAUGUAGUGUAUUUCUCCUUAAUACUUAUUCUAAACUCUGGUAAAGAAAACUGUGAAAAAACAUAUCUCAACAAUAUGUGAGGUUGGCCAACAUCAUUAAAUAUUUUUGUAAAUCCCCACAGCUUUAAUACUAGUGGGUACUGUACCUUAUUAAUAAAUUAGUAUUUUAAUAAGCUGAUUUCAUGCAAAUUUAGUGUGGUAUUAAAAACACAUGAAAGUGGUGCAUGACAAAAUUAUUAGAGGUCUCAGCUUUUGGAUGUUUCAUUAGUCAAAGAAAAUUUGUACUUAUACAGAGAUUGUUUGAUUAUGAAAAAAUGUCAAUCUGCUAAUGAACUGAGGAUUAAUGAAAGAUCUGUAUAAACAAUAUUUACAUUAGGAGUGCAUUGUGACAAGUUAUAUCUAAAUUGUAAGAGGAAAUUAUAAUAUAACUAAUAAUUAAUGAUCUACAGAUAAAACCUCCAUUCUUGUGAACCUGUAACAAUAAAUGUUUGUAUUGUAUCCAGAUAUUCAGACAGAGUAACUCUAUGUUUGUGAAGAUAAAAAGCUACAUCUAUUCUGAUUCUGUGUGAUUUCAAGAAAUUGAAACUCACAGGAGCCCCACAAAUACUCUAUAGGAUAAUGUUAUCCUCCUAUUUUCUUCCACUUCUUUUUAUUUUCUUUCCUUCCCUUUCACCUUUUUUUUAAUGUAUCACACCAUAAGUACAAACCGGAGACCAACUACGUCAUACAAUGAAAACAUGUUUGUAUAUUUUUAUCUAACCAGUAGGUGUUCUGAAGUUUAUAUAAACACAUACUACAUGUAGUUGGUCUUUCCCUGUUAUAUAUUAUCUUUGCCGAUAAAGGAAAGAUGUAAAUGGUGUGUAUAUAAAUGUCUUGUAGAUUAUUUGAAAAUACAAGUAUUCAGUGAACUACAAUAUCUUUUAUCACACAUCAUGUCUUUUUUAUGGAAAAAGAAGCAGAUUGUAGAUCUUUUGUAAAAUGGCAGUGUAGUCUACCGAAAUAAGUGAAAAUAAUAAAAAAUGGAGUACCCAGUUACCUCAAAGUAUUACAGCAUGUUUUGAGAAAAUGCAGUGUCAAAGAUAGAUGAACCUUCCAUGCACUUUGUCACCAGUACUAUGAAAAAUUUAUAAGGGUGAGGUUUUUAAUGGAAAAAAAUCAUCUACCAUAUGAUGAAAUGCUAUUCCUCUUGCAUUGACAGCAUUUUUAAAGCAUGAAGUUACUAUGCUAAUUGACAUAUUUAUUAGAAAAAUAAAUGUUCUUAUUCUCUUUUUUUUUAACUGAUAGGAACAGUGCUUCUUAACCCAAGUUCUUCCUGAUGAUUUGACAAUAACUAAAAAAGCUUAGAAGAUCCCACACAUGCAAUACAUACCAUUUUACGUAUAUAAAAACAUUAUUAAUAAGAUGCACCUCCGCCAUAUGGAGUACUCUGAUAUUUAGAAGAAAAAAGAAAAUCUGAAAUAUUAUGAAAUACUUGUGAGAUAGUCUAAUUUCACCCUAGGGAAGGAAUGGAAUUAUCUUGAGAACCCCUAAACUAUGACAGUGUUACACUAGUAUUCUUCUCUACCAUUUUGACCCAACUUAGACUAGUAAUUUUUUAUAAGUUAAUGUUGCUAUAGAAUGUAGACAAAUGUUAGGAUUUAGCACAAUACACUAUGUGAUUAUU